AUGGCUGCUGCCAGCGGCUACACCGACUUACGUGAGAAACUCAAGUCCAUGACAUCCCGGGAUAACUACAAACCCAACAGCCGGGAGGCUGCCGUGGUGGCCGUUGCUGCUGCAGCUGCAGCUGCCGAGCCCUACACCAUCCCGGCCAAACGUAAAUACCAUGAAGAUUCAGAUUCAGAUCGUAGUGACUACGAGGAGCAGAAAGAAGAGGAGGCCCGCAAAGUGAAAAGUGGCAUCCGACAAAUCCGCCUCUUUAGCCAGGAUGAAUGUGCCAAAAUCGAGGCCCGCAUCGAUGAGGUUGUGUCCCGAGCAGAGAAGGGGCUGUAUAAUGAGCACACGGUGGAUCGGGCCCCUCUUCGCAACAAGUACUUUUUUGGAGAGGGCUAUACCUAUGGAUCCCAGCUGCAGAAGCGAGGUCCAGGCCAGGAGCGGCUCUAUCCACCUGGGGAUGUGGAUGAAAUCCCGGAGUGGGUACACCAGCUGGUGAUACAGAAGCUAGUUGAGCACCGAGUCAUCCCUGAAGGCUUUGUCAACAGCGCAGUAAUCAAUGACUACCAACCAGGAGGCUGCAUUGUCUCACAUGUGGAUCCCAUCCACAUCUUUGAGAGACCCAUAGUCUCUGUCUCUUUCUUCAGUGACUCCGCCCUCUGCUUCGGCUGCAAGUUUCAAUUCAAGCCCAUCAGGGUCUCUGAACCUGUGCUGUUCCUGCCUGUGCGGAGAGGGAGCGUGACUGUGCUCAGUGGAUAUGCUGCUGAUGAAAUCACCCACUGCAUACGACCUCAGGAUAUAAAGGAGCGUCGAGCUGUCAUCAUCCUUAGAAAGACGAGACUGGAUGCCCCACGAUUGGAAACAAAGUCCCUGGGUAACUCUUUGUUACCCUCUGGUUAUAAUUCUGAUCGUCUGUCAGGAAGCAACAGGGACCAGAUCCUGAAACCAAAGCGGUCCCACCGAAAAGCAGAUCCAGAUGCUGCUCAUAGGCCACGAAUCUUAGAAAUGGAUAAGGAAGAGAACCGGCGCUCUGUCCUCUUACCAAAACACAGGAGGAGGAGCAGCUUCAGCUCUGAGAACUAUUGGCGAAAGUCUUAUGAGUACACAGAGGACUGUGGGGAGGAGGAUGGGAGUCCAGCCCGAAAAGUGAAGAUGAGGAGACACUGAGAAAUGAGCAAAAAGACUCACUCUGCAGAAACCAGCCUCUCUUCUGUGAAAACUUUCUUUGGCUGUUUCUCAUAGCUUUUUUUUUUCCCCCACGAGUUUUUUUCUUCAUUUUAGGGCUGAAGAAAGGAACUGGGACAGGAUCUGGAUUUUUUUUUUUGUUCACUUAUUUUCCUGAAUGGAAAUUAUAUUGAGGCAUCUUUGUUGCUGGGGAGCAUUGGUUACCACCUGGUCAGUUAGACGGGCAUUUUGCCCUCACCAAGCAGAUAAAAGUUCAAGCUGUGCUAGGCUGUGUUUAUUUAAAACACCAAAAAUGUUUUACUGUUUCACUGCUGAAGAUUCAAGAAAUUAGUCCUUUUGCUUUAAUUGUAAAUUUUUUUAAAACGUUCUAAAGAUAUUGUUUGACCCCCUAGAGUUGAAACUUGGUCAUGGCCUCUUCAUGCUUUACCAACUUUAGAGUGGGGCUUGCUAAAAAGCCUUAGGUCUCCUGUUGAUUUCUUUUUCUAACCUGCCAUUUGGUAACUGGAAUCUUGAAGUUUGCAAAUUGUUCUUCCUGCAACAGAUUUCCAAGUUGCUUAGGACAUCUAGCUGAUAGCUUAAGUGGCCACUGCACCAAUUGUUCUGUUUUCUCCCAAAUGUGCAGUUGUCAAACUUCUUACCAGUUCUUGACCAUUCCCAAUGUCCCAGGAGAAAGGUGGGGUGGUGGCAUUGGAACAGAGCCCUUCACUGAAGUAGCAUGAUUUUGUUCAUAGAUAUCUCUUUUCAUGCAUUUGGACAUGUGUGUGAAUAUUUGGAUAAGUUAGAGUCUUCUCAUGUUUUGGUCGGUUUUAGAAAUUUUUCUAGCAAGGAGGACUGAUGUCCUUCCAAGUCUAGGGUUUGGAAUAUGGAAAAGUGUCAUGGCGUGUGGUGGGUUUUUGUCUAAUCUUUUUUGUCUUCACUCUUUGCCUUCUUUCCUGAUGAGGACCUAGCCUGGGAAAGGUCUACAUGUUACAUGUUCAACAUUUGGCAGUCUGUUUUCUAGGUCCCCCUUAGAGAAGGCUCUUCUUUCUCUGCUCUCCCUCUCCCCUAACUUUAGAGGGUGUCAACUUUUGAAAAUUCCCUUUCUCUCUUUUUUUUUAGCCUUUUAAUUCUAAUAGAAAGGAGAAUUUCCACAGGUUCCCAUGGCUUGGCAUUGGCCAUGAGGGGAGAUGAGAAGAGUUGACUCUGGUGGGAAUUUAUAUUUCACCUUGGAUUAUUUCCUUCAUCAGUUUCUUGGGAGGGUUGUAAGAGUUGUAAGUAAGGGGAAGAGCCUUUUUAAAAAAUACAUUUUUAAAAUUUAAAAAAAAAAAACUUUAGCAACUUUCAAUGAGUCAGGCCUAUUAAAACUGAAGUCUUACUCAUUUGGAUCUGCUAGGAAUUCUUAGUAGAAACAGGGCUCCAUGGCCAUAAAGAUGACUCGGGAGAAACCUGACUCCUGCUGCUAAGACCUUAACUUUUUCUUUUCCCACGUGAUACUUCUCUCUGUUCUGUCCUGUUGACUUUACUUGUCUGAGGCCUCGAAGGCUCUGGAGGUUUGGGGUCUAGUGAUAAAUUUAGAACCCUCUUUUAAAAUAUAAAUUAAAAAAAAAAAAACUUCUCAGAUUUUGAUUCCUUGAAUCUGGAUUUAAGUACUAAAGCAGUUGCAGCUUUAUUUUUUUUACAGCUUUUUUCCCCAAAAAAUUAUUUGUAGUUUUGUGUGUUUGGCACUUUGCUAUGAUCUGUGUGCUCUACAAUAAAAACAAAAUCUAAUAUAUUUUGAAACA